UCUUGAUAUCAAAUGACUGAAGAUCAGUUUAUGAAAUGACAAUAUAAUAUCGAUUUUAAUGUUAUCGAAAUCUUAUCCGUGAUAAGUCGUAUUCAAGUUUGAAAAGUCCGCCAGAUUUACUUAAAGGGUUGUCAUUUUGUUAUGUUGUAGCAUAUUUAUUUUACUGUUUUUAAUAAAUAAUCAGUUACUUAUCUUAAAUUACUCUAAUAUUUAUUGUAGUUUGAUUCUGUUGCGAGUGAGUAAAUACUUGCUGCGCUCAGCGAUUUGUUGUUAUUGUCGACCCACCCUAAUAUUUAUUCGUAUUUUCUUUUUUUCAAAUGGAGUAAUUUUAAUGGCCAAAACAUUUAAAUCUAGCCCUUUCGAGAAUAUAGUCAAGAAAUACACCCUUUGUGGUAUAUGUGAUGGGAAAAUUAUUCAUAGUUCUUUUCUGCAAUGUGGAUGUAGUGUCAUCUUGUGUAAUUACUGUAAUGAGAAACACAGUUGCAAAUUCCAUCACCAGGCAGUCAAAUUUGACAGCUAUCAACACAACAAAUCAGUUAAUUUCAUUCAUGAGCUUUCUGCUCUAAUGACAACAAAUCCAUCUGAGAAAGAUAAAGAGAAAAAGAGUUUACCAGAAAAUUCGUAUUCAGCAUCUUUGCCUGAUCUUGAUGAUCUGAUGGUUGAUGAAACUACAAAUGGAGAAAUAUCAUUUUCACAAUUAUUUGAUGAUAGAUGCUCCAGAAAUGACAAACCAAAAAACACCAUUAGUAGCAUUAGAAGAGAGUCAAUUUCUCCAAGAAUAAGCUAUACUCUUAAAAGGAAACAAUAUCUUAGUGAUUCAGAAGAUGAAGAAAGUUUUAAUAAAAGUGAAACAGUUUUAUAUAAAAGAUUGUCUGACUGUAGUUCAAGUAAAAAGAAGAAAAUAACUAAGAAAAUGAAGUAUAGCAACAAAAGUCGAGAUACUAGCAUUUUUUCCCCAAUUGGUUGCGAUUCUGACUCUGGUAAUUCUGACAAGCAACCCUUCGAAAGAAAAAGGAAUAAUAGAAAAGAUAGACAUUCUAUACCGCUAGGUAUGUCUUUUGGUGUUGACAAUGAUGUUUCUUCUUUAGAUCCAAAUGAAGACUCAUCCCCUGUUUCUGAAUGGUGUCAGACAUUUCAAGAGAGUAACGCACCUUUGAAGGAUCAUACAUAUCUAGAAAAUAACUCUGUUUUGGAAAAUAAUUCCAGUUUUAUCCAGGACUUAGUAAAAGAGAAAAACAUGAACAAUGUUAGUAGUUCAGUUGAAAACAUGGUGUGCAAUGACCAAAUAUGUGCAAAUAAUAUUGGAAGGACCAUUGAAAACAGCAGAGUGGAAGAGAACAUUGAUGAGCUUCAUACUUGCUCUCUUAAUUUAGAUAGUAAUGAAAUCAAUACAUCCAACUUGGUGAACGAUAUUAACAGCUUAAAUCAAAUCAUUAAAAAAAGUGAUGAAAAACAGGAAAUUAACUCUAACAGAUCGAUAAAGCAGAGAAACUCGACCAAAAAGAAUAAAGAAUCUAAGUGUCACAAGAAUAAGGCUGCUAAAAGUGAUAAGCAAAUAAAGCAUAAAGACAAUGGUACAUUAAAUUGUAAUCUUGAAGAUUUUGAUGGGUUUGAUCAAGGUGAUAUCAAUGCUAGUACAUUAAAUUACAUGCUGCAUAAAUUGACCACACCAUUUAAUGACGAUGAUGAAAUGAUGUUUCCAAUACAUUACAAAGGGAAAACGUUCAUUAUUCAUUUAAAAGAUAAAUUUGAUUCUGAACCUAAUGAGAGUGAAUACCAUUAUGUCCUUAGACCGUUUAAAACCUUUCAAAAUCAUUUCGCUCAGACAGAACCUCAGGCAGUAAAAGAAGCAAAAGGUGAUGUGAUUACUCAGACUGAAGGUUAUGGCACUGCUGAAGCAUGUGUUGGCCGCGAUGGUGAAAAAACUGCUUUCAUUCAAACUGAUGAUUAUCAAGUGAUGGAUGCAUGCGUUGGCCGAGAUGGUGAAAAUACUUGUUUCAGUCAAACUGAUAGUUACCGAAUGGUAGACGCAUGCGUUGGCCGAGAUGGUGAAAAUACUGGUUUCAGUCAAACUGAUAGUUACCAAAUGGUAGACGCUUGUGCGGGCCGAAAUGGUGAAAAAGUUGGUUCUAUUCAAACCGAUAGUUACCAAGCCGUGGAUGCUUGUGUGGGACCUGAAGCCAAAAUAUCAGAAGUUUCACAAACAGAUAGAUACCAAGUUAGAGAUUCCUAUACAAAUACCAAGGAGUUCAGAUGUUGUGCUGUUCAGACAAAUCUGGUUAAUAAUUCUUCAUCUGACUUAUGGUCCAGGAAUUGUACUGCUAGUGCAGUUCAGACUGAACCAUAUGAGAAUAAGGCAUCUGAUAUUAGUUUCAACAUGCCUUACUCUAGUGUUGAUCUCAAUUAUACGUGUAAUAAGGUUGAAAAUAUCAUUACUACUGAAAUUCCCAAAAAGGUAGAUGCUGAUGCCAAGGAAAAUUCUGACAAUGAAGAUGAGGAUAUUAUUGAAGGAACUCCUGUCAAAGUGAACAAUGUGUCUGUUGCUAGUCUUAACUUGUCAGCUUUAAAGGGACGAACUCCUCAUUUUGAUUGUAAUGAGUCCACAGUUGCAAGAGAUGAAAUCAUCUCAUGCUCAGAUCUAACUAAUGCGGAUAAAUUAUGUGUAGAAAAAUUCACUAAUCGGUUUGGUAUGGAAUAUAGCGAAUAUUUUAACAAUAAGACUACACAUCUUGUUGUUUCUUCAAGACUGACUCAUGAUUCUCAUAAAACAUUUAAAUAUUUAAUAGCAAUUGCCUCGAAGGCUUGUGUUGUCUCUAUCGAUUGGGUCAAAGAUUCAUUACAAAGAAUGGAAGUUUUGCCAGUUAGUAAAUAUAUUCCAACCAAUCAAUCAGGACCAAUGAGAUGUCGAAUGAAUGUAAGGUUACCAUUUGCAGGUCUUACAAUAUGUGUGCAACUGUUGACGAACUAUCCUGGUGUUAAAGCGAUGGAGGCACUUACUAAGCUUUGUGGGGCUUAUAUUGUGGACAAUAUAGAACAAUACAAUUCACCUCAAAAGUGGCCUUUCCCAAGGUUUUGUCUGUUUGAAGAUGAAACUCAGCUGACUUCCCAAAUAUUAAAUAGUUGCAGUAAAAACCACUUAGUAGCUGUUCACUUCGAAUGGGUUUUUGAUUCCGUCGCAGCUUAUUGUAGGCAACCAAUAUUGAAAUACUUAUGCUCUACAUUUAUCAUAACUGAUAAUAUUGUUGAAAAAUAUAAGAUUCCAAGUGAUAUGCUUGUUGACAACAGUACAUCAUAGCUUAGUUUAUUUAUUAAAUUUGUUUAUUUUUAUCAACAAUUACUGUGAUGGAUGGUUGUAUGUUAAUAUUUAUAUUGAUUACAAAUUUUUAUCUUUUUAUUGAGUUUAUUUAUAUGUAUUAAUCUUUCUUGUUGAAAAAAUCGGGAGUGACUAGUUUUUCGAUAUAAUUAGUUGACUUUUUUUAUGAUAAUUUUAAUUUAAUUUUCAUCUAAAAUUAAUUGAUGCUCUUUGUACAAAUUAAAUAAUUAAUAAAUGAAUCGGAUGACACAUAACAGAAUUGAACCAAUCCACAUUAUGUAUAUUCUGAAUAAUCUCUUCAGUUAACUGGUGUUGGAGAAUCUGAAAGCUUGGGAGUAACUUAUUUUUUUCAUGAAACCAAUUUUAUUCUAUAUUUUAUCCAACCAAUUCUUUUUUUUUCUUAUUGAAAUAUAAUUAUUGUGUUCUGUUUUGAGUUAUUUGUUUCAUGUUUUAUUUUCCAUUGUAGGUACUUGAACAUAGAUAUGAAUCUUUUCUGUUUAAAUUAAUAAAAACUAAUCCCAUUCAAAACCACCUGUAACUCAUUUUUGGAUAUUUUGUUGAUUGGUUCCUUUCUGUUGAAUGUCGUCUAACUGUUUAAACUUUAUCGAAAAUAAAGUUGUCAAAAUACAUUUUGUGCUAAAAAUCAUUGUUAAAAUUUAUAAUUUUUAAGAAAAAAUAAUUAAAUGUUACUUUAGUAAUAUAUUAAUUUUAUUUUUUAAGCCAUAUUUUAUUUUAUCCUCCUGUUCUGAUCUGUUAUUGUUAUCAAAUGAACUCUUAAUGAGAUUUUUUUUCUAUAAGGUUUCUUUAAUUAAUAUUGUUUGAUUUCUAUUAGGAAUUUUGCAGUAUGUUACAUUAUAAUUAUUGAAUUUUAGAAUUUAAUAUGCCCAUUGGUUAUCAUUCUUUAUUGUUAUUAUUCAUUCAAUUCAUGCAGGUUAAUUUUAUAAUUUUGUUCUGUUCUUAUUAUUAAAUAUUUUUAAGUCGAUAAUGUAUGUACCAUAAUUAUAAUUAUAAUAAGUACCAAUGAUUAUACAAUCAGUGUUGUUAAAUUAAUGUAAUUUGUGUUUAGUUCAAUUUGGUUCCUAUUAAUGUAAACUGUCGAGUUAAUGAUUUCUUUAUUAGUUACCAGAUUCAACAUGAUUUAAUUAGAUUUUAGGCAACAGGGAGUAGCUUUUAUAUGUUUUCAAUUUUUUAUUUUGAUAUUUUAUUAUCAUAGUCCAUUUUUUAGGGCAUAAGUUUUAUAUCUUGAAUUUUAAAUCUCAGUUUGUUAUAUUUUAAAUCUGUAUCAAUGAAAAAAACGUAAUUAUCCUAGUUCCAUAAUGGAUUUGAUAUAUCAACAGCAACUAGGCAUUUUGUCAGAAUCCAAUUUUUGCCGGUUUUAGAAACCUAGAAAACUUUUAUUUUAUAUUUAAUGAUUGUUUAUUUAUACGUAUAAGAUUUGAUAUAAACAUUCUUAUGUUUAUUCAUUACAAUAUGAGAGAGAGAGAGGUUAAUUAAAAACUAAUAUUUGAAGGUUAAGAUAUUGCCAUGUUGUUGAUAUUUUUAUGAUUAGUCAAUCCAUUUAGUGCCUUUUUCAAAUUAAAAUUGUAUUUUUGUAAAAAAAACAUUAUGAAUUAAAGUAAAACAUUACAAACAAAUAAAAUAUAACAAUUAUUUUUUAUGUAUCAUGUUUCUAUGAUAAACUAUAUCCAUUAUAUCAUGUUUAAUUGUUCUUAAAAUAUGAUUUGGUGAAUAAAAACUUUUUAUUCUUGUGAUUCCUUAU